GCAAAGAACAUCCUCAGCUCUAAGUAGGGCUUUUAGUGUGCUCAUUGAUGAGUGAAAGUCGCCACACAUGUCAAGCUAAAGGCAGUUGUUGGGUUACUAACAGGACCCAGCGCCUUGCAAACAUAUGCGCUAAGCUGUGUAUACAGAUGGCAGGCAGAAUAAUGGAGCAGGCGCCUUUUAUAAAGCUCUGGCUGCUGCCUGUCUUCAGACCUGGGAAAUGAAACUAUUCAGACUCGCGGCCAGAUAGCGCCUGCGAUUGUUUGUUACCGUUUUAAUCCUAUUAAUUAAAACGUUAACCUGAUUGGGUAGAAAGCGCUGUCCCAACAGGCGAGUCUUCUUCAUAAUAAUCUACUCAGAGAUAAUGAUGUAAAAGACUCCCCCGUCUGUGGCGGCGGCUGGUUGAUGGGUCCGGAAAUCUCUUGAAGGUGAAUCCAAGCAAGAUAAACGGUGCGGAGAGGAGGCGCGGGGUUGGACUCAGAGGCGGCAGCGGCGGCAGCUCCACUCCCUCUGCGACCAGCCUCCCACCAUGAGGGGCCGCGGCCCAUGGUGAGCCUUAGUAGCCAGCACCGUCGGCUGGAGACGAAGAAGAAGAAGAAGAGGAGGCGGCGAGCGCGGGGGAAGGCGAAAAAGAAAAAGAAGGGGACAGGGCUGCGGGCAGCGCGGGGACCGACGCACGCAGCAGCUCCGGAACCCUGCCGGUGCGCGUCUGUGCGGCUGCCUGACUCCGGAGCCCGAGCGGCGGCUGGCCCGGACUAUGGAGCGCGGGUUGCACCUCGGUGCGGCGGCCGCGAGCGAAGACGACCUCUUCCUGCACAAGAGCCUGGGCGCCUCGGCCGCCAAGCGCCUGGAGGCGGCUUUUCGCUCCACGCCCCCGGGCAUGGACCUGUCCCUGGCGCAGCCAACUCGCGAACGCCCUGCGUCGUCCUCGUCGCCCCUCGGCUGCUUCGAGCCGGCUGACCCCGAAGGGGCCGGGCUGCUGCUGCCUCCGCCCGGAGGAGGCGGCGGCGCGAGCGGUGGCGGCGGCGGGGUGAGUGUCCCCGGGCUGCUCGUGGGCUCAGCGGGCGUGGGGGGCGAGCCGAGCCUGAGCAGUCUGCCGGCGGGGGCUGCCCUGUGCCUCAAGUACGGCGAGAGCGCCGGUCGCGGCUCCGUGGCCGAGAGCAGCGGCGGCGAGCAGAGCCCCGACGACGACAGCGAUGGCCGCUGCGAGCUAGUGCUGCGAGCCGGGGGCCCCGACCCUCGGGCGUCGCCUGGAGCAGGGGGCGGCGGCGCCAAGGUGGUCGAGGGCUGCUCCAACACCCACUUGCACGGUGGCUCGGGCCUCCCCCCGGGGGCCCCCACAAGUGGUGGCGGCGGAAGCGGCGGCGGCGGCGGCAGCAGCAGCAAGAAAUCCAAAGAGCAGAAGGCGCUGCGCCUCAACAUCAACGCCCGCGAGCGCCGGAGGAUGCACGACCUGAACGACGCUCUGGACGAGUUGCGCGCGGUCAUCCCUUACGCGCACAGCCCUUCGGUGCGGAAGCUCUCCAAAAUCGCCACUCUGCUCCUCGCCAAAAACUACAUCCUCAUGCAGGCACAGGCCCUGGAGGAAAUGCGGCGCCUAGUCGCCUACCUCAAUCAAGGCCAGGCCAUCUCCGCAGCCUCUCUUCCCAGCUCUGCGGCCGCGGCUGCGGCGGCCGCUGCCCUGCACCCAGCGCUUGGCGCCUACGAGCAGGCGGCCGGCUACCCGUUCAGUGCAGGGCUGCCGCCCGCUGCCUCCUGCCCGGAGAAGUGUGCCCUAUUCAACAGCGUCUCAUCCAGCCUCUGCAAACAGUGCACGGAGAAGCCUUAAACAUUUUACUCCCUCCCUCUAAAACCUCCAGACCGACCCCAAAGCUAGAGGAAAGUGAGAAGCUGCUCCCCAUCCCUUUUACUUUGGUCCUCUCCUAAGUUGUGAAACUCUUGCAGGGCAAACAAAGCAGAGGCAGGGAUGUAGAAGUUAUCAGAGACAAACCCGACUUUUAGCCUUGGCACGCCCGGAAUCUCGGUCUUUGGGGUGGGGAGGGAGGGAAGAGGGAGAUUUAAUCGGGAUGAACUGUGGUUCUUUUUCCCCUCAGAAAAGUGGCAACUUUGGUGGCAACCUAGACCUCAAGGAAGUACAGUCUUAUUUGAAGGUGAAAAAUAAGUUGAAAAGUAGUGCUUGCUUAUUAGACGGGAAAAGUACAGAGUGGCAAAAUACUAAUCCUACGAAUAGCUGAGAAUUGGCGAGUGAUGACGGGGAGAAGGGUUUAGAGUUGAGAGGCUCGAGGACAGAAUAUUCAUUCAGACAAAUCAGAAAGGGCACCCGAAAAUUCAUCUUGAUUCUGAGCCAGGAGAAAAACUUGAAAUGCAGACUUAUUUAAGUGGAGGGGAAAGCAGAGAGACAUGUUGCUAUGAGAGACUUGUAUUUUUUACUCUCUGAACUUAAAAUCCCGUGAAAAUGCUCAAAGUUUUGGUGAGAGUGAUAUAAAAAGCAGGCUGUGGCUGAAAGAAUUACAUUUAAAAUAUUUAUGUGCACCUUGUUACUUUCUACUCUGCAAUGAUGUAUUAACAGUUUGUGGUAUUUAUUUGUUAUUCUUCAAUGAUCCACAUCAACAGUAUUUAUUAUGUGUUAAGGUCUUGGGUCUUAAGUGUAGAUUUUUUUAAUGCUUCUAAAAUUCUGUUUUAUAUAUUAACUUACACUGUGUGCCUAGUGUUCAAAGGUAUAUUUGCCAACAAAUGUGAAGAGAAAUCUUGAUGUAUCUGAGCUGCUGAGGUUUUUGAAAGAUCAUUGGAUAUUUUCAGUUGCACCAUCCAUGUAUUUAAAUUGAGCUUUAAUAAAUUGCUUCAGUCCAAAAAUUACAGGAAAAGUGUAUUCUUAAUUGAUGAAUGAAUUGAUCUCUUUUCCAAAAGGGGACCUAUUUGCAUUUGAAAACGGAAAAACAUCACAGCAAUAGAUUUUAUAAGUAAGAACACACUAGGCAAAUAUAUUUUUCAGGUUGUGCUGUACAUUUCAAAAGGUCUAAUUUUAUUGUUUUUAAUAUAGAUGUACAUAUAUAAGUUAUUCUAACUGUAAUGACUUAUUAAGUUAAAAGACUGGUUUGAUUUGCUUAUGGUGUGAAAUCCUUUGUUAUUUUUCUAAGUAAAAUAAAAUUUAAAAGAAAUGACAUAAAGCUAAGGAAGAGCGAGAAGCUGUUUACCCAAAGUGAGCUUUCAGUUUUAGUUUGCAUGGCUGUCUGCCUGCCUUUCCUCCUAUGAAAAUCCAGAAAACCUCUUUUUAAAAUAGAGUCUUGCUAUUUUCCACUCCUUACAGAUAAUACAAAUUCAGUUUGUCAGGUUGGAUGGUGAUUUCAGAGCUAUGAUGGAUCUAUCCGUGGGUUUUGGAUGUGUAAAGAAUGAUAUAUAUAUUAAAUAGGUCAAUCAGACUAUGACAGCUAUGUACGACCAUUUGUAUGUGUAUCUAUGUCAGAAAGAAUCUUUAUUAAAAUAUUUUGAUCAAACA